UACAAAGAUGAAUCAUUGAUCGAAGAAUUGGAUGAUUUAGUAGGUGAUUUACUAUUUGACGACACCGCGAAGAAAAUGGGCAGCAAGAACAACAGAGAUAUAGAUAUAGAAUUACAUAAUGAAGAAAAUUUGAUAGUGGAUAUUGAAAAUGCUGUAAAUGAAUUGGAAAAUAUUUUGUUGUAA